GGCGGAGCUCUGUCGGUCCCUUCCCGGAGCCGGGGAGCGGCGCCGGAAAAGCUCUUCUCCCUUUCACUGGAGGGCGACAGGACUGCUUUCCAGUCUCCACCCGCGAGGAGAUUUAUGUGGAAAUCAAAGCAGAAUGGAUCGCUAUCGGUAUUUCAUCUUCAACCAGAGGAAUAUGGUGGUGCUAGGUCUGCUCCAGAUAGCCUUCAGCACGAUGUGUGUCGUCAGCGGGUUCAUAGAUGGCAUUUUCAGAAUGGAGUCUCAUCUCAGCAAAACCAGAGCUCCAGUUUGGUCCGGAAUGGUGAUGGGAGUCCCAGGAGUCCUGGCUUUGUUUUCCUCUCAGAGGAAGAAUCCAGUUCUUGUGAACAUAUUGAUAGUUGCUUCCAUAAUCUCUUGUGUUGCCAUCCUCAUCGUAAUAGUUUAUAGCUCCCUCACACUGAACUAUGGUGAAGAGGAGGAGCUGAGCUCUGCCCCAGUCCACGUUAUCCAUACAAGGUUCGUACUCAACAAGGUAGUCAAGGGUGCUAACAUAGCCAUGUUAGCUGCAUCUGUCUGCAGUGCUUUUGUUGUGCUGGCGAUGGCUUACUUGGGAUGCCGGAGUCUUCCACGCUGCUCGUGCUACGACAGCGUAACAGGGAUGGAAUGGCUGCAACCUAGUGAGGACCAAAAUCAGGCUGUGGAAAUGGUCUGCGCUGUACAAAGUCCUGGAGGGAAAAUUUUUGACUUCCCAGAUCGGUUUCCAACGCAGGACUUAGACACAGAGGAAGAUGCAUCCAAACCUCCACCAUAUAUCAGAAUGGCUUGAAAAUGUGAUUGAACGUUUGAAAGCUACUAGUCACAAAAUGCAGUGAGACAGAUGUAAGAAGUUCUUCAUCUCUAAAGAUGGUUGUGCACUUUUCCUCGGCCUUUUAAGAAACACACACAGAAAGAAAGAACUAUUGGAUUCCCAACAUUUUGCAAAGAUGACAGUGCAAAAGGGAAGAUCUGCAGAUGGUUUUGGACAUUCAGACUUUGCACAGUUAAAAUACCUCAUUGCCUCUGGAAAGCGUGAGCAUAUUUUUUUUCCUCCAUCUUUUGUACUUAAAUCAUGUUUUAUUCCCUUAGAUGUCAUCACACGGUUUGUCUAGCAGUGCUAGCU